CUUAAUAACAUUGUAUGGCAUCCGGAGUAGGUUGUCAAUUUAUCUGUAGAAUUUUUAUCUGUUUAAAUUGUUCUUAUCACUGGUUGUGACGGCCGCUUUAAUACUAUUUAGUGGUCUCUCGGAUAAUUUUUACUUUAGAGUAGUUAUGCUUUGAGCUGGUUAUCUGUUCCUAAGCUAACAUUAGCUUGUUUGCUGACGUUAUGUAGCAAAUAGCUGUACGUGUGUGAAACAGCCUGUCACAGCCGUCUAAAUUUGUGUGGCUCAGGGUCGCGGGAGCCCGAAACGCUUUGAAACGUCAAGGUGGCACCAUGGCUGACGACCCUCAGAGAAAUUUUCGCUCUGCAUAUUACGAGAAAGUGGGUUUCAGAGGAGUGGAGGAGAAAAAGUCCCUGGAGAUACUACUCAAAGACAAUCCUCUGGAUUUAGAAAAGCUAAGCACCUUCAGUCAGCGGUUCCCCCUUCCUUCCAUGUACAGGAUUCAUGUGUGGAAGGUACUGCUGGGCAUCCUACCUCCACACAGUGACUCUCAUGCUCUGGUUGGGGGCUACAGGAAAGAGCAGUAUCAGGAUAUCCUGGAAGCUCUGGAAGUGAUGAGAUACAUCAACUCCUCCACACCCUCCACCCACGUUUACUUGCGCAUGUUCCAACUGGAGAGCCAGACCCUCCCGCGAUGCUCUGAGACUUCACUCCCGGAUGAAGAGAAUGAAGACUUCCUCUCCAUCAGCCGAGCCAUGGAAGAGAUUGUAGAUGAUCCUGUUGACUGCUACUGGCUCGUCAAGUGUUUUGUCAAUCAGUACCAUACAAAGUUUGGAGACUCAGUACCUCACCUUCCAAAGAGCCUGGAGCAUUAUCUGAGUCAGGAGGAACCUCGACUGCUAAACCAUCUGAAGAACAGCGGAGCCCUGCAUCAGCUGCCCUACAACCUCUGGUUCAGACACUGCUUUGCUGGCUGCUUGCCUGAAUCCAGCCUGCAAAGAAGGCUGCCGGCCAUCUUUUCUUCAUCAACCAAAGCCACAAUUUACAAAGAAUGGGUGUGGGACAAGGUGAUCAGUGGCUCUUGUAAGAUCCUGGUAUUUGUGGCCCUGGAGAUCCUGCUGAGUUACAAAAUUAUGUUGAUGGGCAUCAACCGUCCAGAGGGCGUGGUCAGAUUCUUGUGCAAUAUACCGCAGGAGAACACAGACGCCAUUGUCACUAAAGCCAUUGAUUUGUGGCAUAAGUACUCUGGCACCCUGAUCCAUGCUAUAUAGCAACACGGAGCCAGACGAGGAAAAUAUCUGGAACCAGAAGUAAUCUUCUUUCCUGGAAUCCACCUGGACUCGCAAUGCUUCACUAAGACACUGCGGCACUCGCCGUCCACGGGGCUUUGUCUCUGCAUAACUGAACUGAACUGAAAACUCAUCAUGGCUGCUUUUGAUAAGCCAGGGGACCUUUUCAUAACGUCGAUUUUCCAGGUUUUCCCUGCGACUCUGGCAAACCAUUCUGGUGAAAGAGACUUGAGUUGGUGGUGGGUGGAAAAAAAACAAAACAGACAAGGCAGUAACUUAUUAUUUUUUUUAAUAAGUUUCUUUCUUUAAGAAACUGCAUACAUCAUAGAAGACUCACAAUAAAUUAAUACCCACAUGCAGGUCUUUCUGCUUUACAAAAAACAUUUGAAAAGCCUUUUAAUUUAUGUACAUCCUCUUAGAAUUCUGAGAAGAGUUUUCUCAAAACAUUUUUUAAACAUGUACAAGCGACAGUAAUAUUACUGACUCUUGCAUACGCACACACUCAGACACACAAUCAUAACCCACGCAGCUCGUUCUCACCAAUAACAUGGUAAAAACCUCCAAUUCAUGGACCCAAUCUUAAGUGUAAACCAUUAAAAAGGGAGAAAAAAAAGCAAAUUGUAAGGUGGCAGGAUUGACACGUUUCGUACCGAAAAGGCUCAUGUCAGACAAUAAAAGGUGAAAUGCAAA